UUUUAGUCAGUAAGAGUUGCAUAAAAACAAAUAGUCAAACGGUCACGAAUUGGUAUCAUUGCAGCAAGCGUUGUCAUAAUGUCCGAUGUUGCGGUUUAAAUUGUAAUAAACGUCACAAAAGAUCAAUUCAGAGACUACCUUUCUUCAUCUUUUUAUUUUCAGUGUAGAAAGUCAUCAAAUAAAUUCGAGCGAGUUGGAGGGUCACGACUCCUACUGACUGACACACUGUGCCUUCUUUUGCUCCGUGCCAGAACCACGGUACCUACAUGAUUGCGCUUAACCCACAAGUCUGUCAACCUUAAUGUAAGUUUGUGUAAAUAUAUCGGAAUAAAUUAACAUUAUAUUACCAGACAAAGGAUAAAUUUUAAUAAUUUUCAAUUUAUACAUUAUCCAACCAAUGCUAUCGAUUGUUAGGGCAUAAUUUCAUCACUAGAAAAAGAAGACUAUUGAAAAUGACAGUAGUGACACUGACACUUCGAAAUCCGAAGUAACCUAAAAUGUAUUGAAUUAUUUAAUUUACACUCCAUCCAAGGUUUAAUCCAUUGAUAGUCAAAUCGUCAGAAAGAUAUUAGAAUUAUAGAUAUACUAAUUAGAUAAGAUUAGAAUUAAUUCUGAUAUCUUACAGCUAGUUUGUUUAAAGUCAAGUUUCAGAUACAUUUAGUUAGGUACAGAGAACACAGGAGUAAUCCGCAUCAAAAAUGCCGGUAACUAUUCACAACAAUGUGGUAUCUGGACCCGAAGAACGAGCCAUUCCAGCGCAUUUAUCUUUUGGACAAUUCUUAUACGAUCAGCUGAAAAAUGGAGGAGAUAACAUAGCUUUAAUUAGUGCUGAAACUGGGGAGUCCGUAACAUAUAGAUAUAUUCUUCAAAACAGUGUUAACCUCGCAGUAAGUUUAAGAAAGUUAGGCUUGAAGAAGGGUGACCUAGUAGGGCUGAGCAGUGAAAACAGGUUUGAGUUCAUUGUGGCUGCCCUAGCAGUUAUGUACUGUGGGGGAAUAUUAUCCACACUCAACAUAACAUAUACACCUGGUGAAAUAAGUCAUUUGCUUAAAAUAACGAAACCUAAAUACAUCUUUACUUCUCCGAUCACAUCGCAGAACAUCUAUGAUUGUUGCCAAGAAUUAUCUUCUCAAUGUAAACUCAUUAUGUUUGGAGAUUUUGAAGCAGUUCCUGAUUGCAUUAUGUAUGAUAACUUGAUAAAGGACCAAGUCAAUGUAAAUGACUUUACCCUGACUGAUGUGAACGGACUGGAAGAUACAGUGGCUGUAAUGUGUUCCUCAGGGACUACAGGCUUACCAAAGGGUGUGGAACUCACUCAUGUUAAUUUUCUAACAUUGUCGGCACAUAUGAAUUAUUACUUUGACUAUGUGCAGUCCAAGAAAAACAAUGGAAUUGUGACUGGUCUGUCACUGAUACCCUGGUUCCAUGCUUAUGGAUUUAUCACAACAUUUGCCGUAAUGGCGAUGAACACAAAAAUCGUAUUUUUAAUCCGUUUUGAUGAACAACAGUACUUGGAAACUAUUCAAAAUUACAAAAUAAAUAUGACUACAAUAGUCCCACCGCUGGCUGUGUUCCUUGCAAAACACCCUCUAGUUCUCAAGUAUGACUUGUCAUCUUUAGUUGAAGUUUGGUGCGGGGCCGCGCCGUUAUCGAAGGAUAUUCAAAAAGCAGUGUCAGAAAGGACAGGUAUUGACUUCAUUAAACAAGGCUAUGGCUUGACAGAAGUGACGAUGGCUUGUCUUGUGGACUUAACAAGUGGGGAAAAGGUCGGCUCUUGUGGAACUCCCGCGCCAGGAAUGAAAGUUAAGGUGAUUGACAUUGAAAAUGGACAAAGAUUGGGUCCUGGUAAAGAAGGUGAACUUUGGAUUAAGUCCCCUUUACGUAUGAAAGGUUACAUGGGCGACCGCGCCGCUAGUGAUGAAUUAUUCGACAGCGAAGGCUACGUCAGAACUGGAGAUAUCGGCUAUUAUGACAACGAAGGCUAUUUCUACAUAGUGGACAGACUUAAAGAACUCAUUAAAUAUAAAGGCUUCCAGGUGGCGCCUGCGGAGCUAGAGGCUUUACUAUUACAGCACAGUGGGGUAGCUGAUGCAGGAGUAGUGGGCUUGCCGGACGAGGCCGCCGGUGAACUCCCGCUAGCGUUCGUAGUGGCACAACCCAACUCCAAAGUCACCGAGAAAGAACUUGUGGAUUUUGUUGCGUCAAAGGUGUCACCAGCGAAGCAUCUACGAGGUGGUGUGAUAUUCCUCAAAGACAUUCCUAAGAACGCUUCGGGUAAAAUCCUCCGAAGAGAAUUAAGAAAAAUGUUACAAAAGUAUAAAAGCAAGCUUUAAUGAUCCAGCCAUCAUAAUACCUCCAAAGAAGGUGAAAUAUAUUUAAAACAAAAUAAACAAUUUAUGUUAUAACAGUAUCAUAAUUUGAAUAAGUAUAAUUAUUGUUGAUUUUUGUUCUUUUUACGUAUAAUUUACUAAAAAAAAAGGAAAUCAAAAUGGUUUUAUUUACAUUUCAUCACAUCAGCUUCAUUUAAUACUUUUAAAAAGUGAUACUAUUUUUUAGAAAGUGCAUCUUUCAAUUCUUGCGGUAUUCUAUUCAAUGCAUAACUGUGCAAGUCUUUAGAGACGGCUGCUAACACUCCAGUUUUGUUUGGUCGUGAUUCUGAUCCGCCAUAUUUAUAGAAUUCGCCGAGAAUAUCGGUCAGUCUCCCUCCAGCCGCAGACAAUACUGCCUCUGGAGCGCAGGUGUCCCACUUCUUGCAGCCACUGCUUGCGAAAACAUAAAUCGACGCCUUGCCUUCCAGUAGUUGUAGGACCUAUAAUUUUUAUUACAUUUGUUACAAAAAGCAGGUUCAAUAAUAUGUAAUUAUUAAGAAAUAUUUAAUUCACACCUUAUAACCUGCACCACCAACUCUAAGCACUUGGGCAGCAUUCAUGACUUGCAGCGCCUUCUCAACAAGUGGGUUGGAAUGACUCCUUGUAGUAGUAAUGAUAAGGGAAUCGGGAGGAGGGGCCGGGGUAAAUCCCCCAACACCUGCUUCCUGGAGGCCCCAUAUUGUUCUACCCAUGACCUUCUCCCCGCCCAAUAUAGUUUUAUAAUAAGGCUGAUGAAUGACACCGGCAACUGGCUUCUCAUUCACGGAUAUGCCAAUUAAAACGGUAACAUGUUC